AUGGGUGAGUCUGCGGCAGCACCCGCAGAGCCAGAGGCAGAAGCAGCAGCAGUUGUUGCACUACGCCCCAAAGUAGAGCGCCCAGAUGUCAUCGCCGUCGCCGAUGCCGGCGAUAUCGUGCUAGACGUGACCUUCGAAACGUCAAAGGAGACGCUCAAGAAGUCCCGUAAAGCCACGGCCUAUGCGCCAAAGAAGCCCGGCAGUGCCCCCCAGCCGGUGCUCAAGACGAAGGUCCGGGUUGCGUAUCGAGUCAGCCAGGACGCCCUCAAGAAGCACUCGCAGUAUUUUGCCAACCUGCUGUCCAACUCGCAGUUCCGAGAGGCCGGCCUCAUCAAGGAGGCGCACAAGAAGCUUGCGGCGAGAAAGAUCAAGCCGGCGGAGGCAGACGCCGCAGACCUGCCAUGGAUCACCAUCACGGAUGACGACGAGGCCACCAAGGCGGCGGGCCGCGAGCACGCAUUCGAGGAUAUCCUCAGGAUCAUUCAUCAGAAACCGGUCAAGGUGGCGAGAGCGGCCAUGCCAGAAGUGGCUACCAUGGCUAUUCUCGCAGACCGCUUCGACUGCAUCACCACUGUGGCCCGCUCUCUUAACGGGAUCCGCUGGCCAGUGACAACCACGAGGAACUAUACCGACGAGAAUGGACGGACUACCGAUGUUGAGCAGACGCUUCGUGAGAAGAUUCUCGUGUCAUGGCUUCUUGGAAACGGCAUGAAGCUGCACCAGGCAGCACGAGAGCUGAUUACUCGAGGAUCUCGCCUAUGGAGCGAAUACAAUGAUGAGCACGAGGAACUUACAGCUGCAUGGUGGCAUUUGCCUGAUGGCAUCGAGGAGGAAUUACAAUAUCGGAGAGAAUGUGUCUUAAACACCAUUGCGUCUGUUCAGCGUCACUUUCUCGAUCUGUACUGCUCCAAGGAGCGGCAAUGCAAGCUCGGAUACGACUCUAGCGCAGCUUGUGACUCCUUCCAGCUUGGCCAGAUGAUCAAGUUCCUAACAUCCAAAAAUUUGCUGUUCCUGGUCGACUUCACCUCGUCGUCUUUGAUGGCAGUGCCCGACGGUGCCAUGAUCAACAUCGACGAGCUCCUCGCUACCCUGAAACAAAGCCCCAGCUACCAGAUCGACAAACACCACACAAACUGCGGGCUCAGAAUCCGCAUAGAGCCAAUCAUCGAUUACAUACGAGCCAUGUUGUCUGCUAGUGGCACCUCCAUCGCUCAUGCUGACUGGAAGAAACGUCGUUCCGAGGUGUCGUGGACAAUACUUAGAGACAGCCGACCAUCAGAGGAUGACUAUGAAGGCUCGAAAUUCGUUUUUACCAGGGCGGUGGCUAAUGAUCAGCGUCUUCGUUACGAAGGCGCCAUGUAUACUGACAGAGUGUCCAAAAGCCUGUUUACGGCGAGUUCGUGGGAUUGGACGCCCGAGGUCUAG